UCCAGGGCACCAAGUUCGAGCACGUCCCGCUCCUGAACGUGAAGGAGUACUACGAGCACACCCGGGACGCACCCCAUCACCGAGGCGACAUUUCUCUUGCGGUUCCAUCAUAAUGCACCGCAUCUCUACUCCACCUUUUUCUUUCACAGCGCCUCAUACACACAGAGCACACGGAUACGUGCUACUCACCCCGUCCCAUCCGUAUAUAAGUCCGUAAGCCCCUCGCGAUUUUUACUACUUCCCCCACCUCGCACCCUACACCCCACCAUCAUGCGCACACUCACCUUCGCCGGCGAAGACAUCCUCAACGGCUCACUCAUCCACGAUGGCGGCAGCGACGCCGACUACACCAUCCACAUCAACACCAACUAUGGGCGCAUCCGCAAGGAGACGACCCUCGUCACUUCCGCCUUGUCUGCGUCCAUCAACUGGCCGGAGCGCUGCCUUAGCAUCGGCGCGGAGACACACCCCAUCAGCGAUGUCGAGUGCAAAGUGUAUGUAGGUGGCAGAUUGACCACCACACGAGCUUGGAAAUGGGAGAAGCAAGAGUACGAAUUGGACUAUGCGGACGGGGCGUGGACGGCCAAAGACCUAUCAUCGUCAUCAACCAAGACCGUCAUCGCGUACUUCCGUUCAUCGCGCUCGCACUUCUUCCGCAAGAACGAACCCGCUCGAUUCGUUCUCGAGCGCGACGUGCCUCCCGCAGAGCUCGCGUUCCUCCUGGUUGCGUUACUUUACUCUGAAAUUCGUAGGCUGGAUGUAGCGCAAAGCGGACGAAGUGCAUCAGAAAUUGGCGGUGCAGGCUUCUGAGGAUUCUUGCGGUCGAAUCGAAGCAUUGGAAAAUCAUGAAUGGAUUAUGCCUACAUUAUUGUAAGCUGUGUAGUAUGUAUUAUCUGUGGAGCAUUAGAGCUCUGCGCUUGAAUCCCUUGUUCAGAUAAGGCCGGGUAUAAUCCUAUACGGAACCCGCUUCGCCCACUCCUGCCACUGUUCCCCAAAGUUAUUCUUCAGCAUAUCAUCCUCUGUCCGGAUGCGUUCCCCUAGCCCCACAACCAUGAUCGCGAACAGGCCCGUCCCGAGCAGCGCAGUAGGCACCACGCCGAUGUACUCGUACAGCCAGCUUCCUGGGCAGAGCUGCGCCAUGUAGAACCCGAUGCACGCAGCGACGGCCGCGGUGUAGCUGGGGUGGCGCACGAUCCCGUAGACGCCGUCGGUGACGAGCUUCUGGUCCUUCUGCACGGCGAGCUCGUAGGUGAAGUGCCGGUCG